AUUUCUAUAAAAUAUAAUAUGAUAUCCAAAAAAGGCGUAUUUAGAAGAGUUAUAAAAUUUGUUAGGAAGUUAUGUGCCAGACAAACUGAAAAAAAUGUUGUAGCCAAUUUCAAUACGCCUGAUGGCAAUAUUGGUGCGAGUAAAGACUCAGCUUUAUUGAAAAAAACAUAUCCGGUAGUACAAUCCAACAGUAACACCGAUGAAAGGAGAGAUGAUGAGCUUCAAGAUUUUAAUGCAGAGUCUAUCAAUUCAAGAAAACAUUUCAAGAGUUUUCUAAAAAAAAGAAAAGUAUCAGAAAAACACGAUGGUGGGAGAAAACACAAGGUUUUACAGAAAAAAGAUGACAAAAUUCAAGAUUUAACGUCAGAAUUUAUUCAUUCAACACAAUGUAUUUUAAAAAAUGGUAGCGUACCAGUAAAACGCGACAAUGGAAAAGAAACUAUG